AGACACUCGAGCACAUCGUCCAAGAACAAGCCGCCGGUUCAACUUCAGCCUCUCACUGCAUCGCAACACGCCGCCCAACUCGCCUCCCAGCGCCUCUCCCGCCCAGUCAGCCCCCACCUGGCCAUCUACCAACCGCAAAUAACAUGGUACUCGGGCGCGCUGAUGCGGAACUGCGCUAUCCUACUCACGGGUCCGAUAUACAUCUUCGGAGUUGCGUACGUCAUCGCUCCAAUGCUCGGCUGGCACCCGGACACGGAAAGCUUGGUGGCCUGGUUCGGCGCACUGCCUGUGGGCGCGAGGCUCGCGAUGAAAGGCGUGUGGGGAUUUGCGUUCUGUUUCCACGUCGUGCAUGGGCUGAGGCACUUGAUUUGGGACACGGGCAUGAUGUUGUCGAAUAGGCAGGUCAUGGUCAGCGGGUGGAUAGGUUUGGGGAUUAGUGCGUUGGGAACGGUGGGUUUGAUAUUUUGGUAA